UGCACCCGAAGAGUUCACUGAUCAGUCAUGCAGACUGACAGCAGCCUUGUUUUCCUGCAGGUUUGAGCGUCUUCUUCAGCGCGGGUUUUCCGUUGCAACAAUUUGAAACUGAUGCUGAAACUCUUCAUAAACAAGUAAUUUACGCGCACAGGUUUGUUCUGCUUUAAAUGGCUACAAAUUGCGCGUCAGAUGACCCGUUUGCAGAGAUCUAGAGGCGCUUCGGAGGCCCGAGCUGCUGUGAUCAUGCGCAAUUGCUGGCGCGCUCUUUGGUCAGUGCGUCCUCGGCUCGUCACCACUUUGGAUCAGCGCAUCCCUGCCGUGCGCGCUCAGUCACGCGCUCCCCAAGCCCCGCAGGACAGAGACACGGCUCCACGGGUGGGAGAGAUGGAGGACUUGAAAGCUCCGAAGCGACUCUUCCACAAGUCUUCCUCCUUCAGCAUCAGCAGCCUGCUGUGGAGACGAGAGGCGGUGAUGGCCGAGCAGGAGCCCGCUCCUUCUCCGUCCCGCAAAGCGCGCUGCUGCUCCUCCUCCUCCUCCGCCUUCGCCCAGGAGAAAGCCGGUCCGGAGGAGAAGUUCGGCAACUCAAAGCAGGCCGCCAGAUUGGAGGAGAACAGGGGAGCAUCGAAGAAAACAGGGGGAGCAGCAGAGGAAGGCGUCAAAGCCGAGAAGCCUCCUUUUAGUUACAACGCGCUCAUCAUGAUGGCGAUCCGCCAGAGUCCGGAGCGCAGGCUCACACUCAACGGCAUCUACGAGUUCAUCAUGAGCAACUUCCCCUACUACCGYCAGAACAGGCAAGGCUGGCAGAACUCCAUCAGGCACAACCUGAGUCUGAACAAGUGUUUCGUGAAGGUGCCGCGCCACUACGACGACCCGGGGAAGGGCAACUACUGGAUGCUGGACCCCUGCAGUGAUGAUGUCUUCAUAGGCGGCACCUCCGGGAAGCUGCGGCGCAGAGCCUCCGCCGCCAGCUCCAGGACCAAACUCGGUCUGAAGAGGGGAGGGGGUCGUCUGAUGCCCGCCAACGCCAGCGUGACCUUAGCCGGGGCGAGCUCGUUUUACUGGCCGGUGCCGCCGUUCCUGCCUCUCCAACCUCCGGUGCGCACGCAGCACCUGGGCGCGGGGGCUUACCUGAGCGCCCAGCCUCGCUUCUCCAACCACGCUGCCUCGGUGGUCUCGCAGCGAGCCCGGCUGAGCGCAGCAGCAGCAGCAGAGGCGGAGCGGCUCGUGCACACGCGCCAGGAGAUGUCCUACAUCGAAGUAAGCUGCGCGCAGACGCGCCGCCAUCAGAUCGGCGCGUCCUGCGCCGCCGCCGCCGCCGCCUUCUCUCCAUCCAUMCCCGCGUGCGCCCUGCCGCUGUCCGACCCCUUUAACAUGCUCUCCGGACAGGCCAGCUACUUUUACUCGCACCAAAUACCGUGCGCCGCCACAUUCAGCGCGUGCCCAGAGGAGUGCGCCCCUUCCAAGGCGUCAGCGGGACACCUUUUAUCCAAGUGCGCACACUCGGAGGUCGGAGGAUGCUGUGGAGACUUUCCAAACUACUGCUCUCAGAUCGGUUUGAGCCCCUCUUUGUCUUGGAAUAUAGACAAAUAGAUAAUCUGUAAUUAGAUUGUAAUUAAAAGGAAGUCCAGAAUAAUUAAAAAGGCCAAAACCUCUUCAGAGAUGAGUCAAAUAUACAUUAUUGUGUUGURUAGAUCAGAAAUGAGGAUUUUGCAUCUUGUGAAGUGUCGUGAAAUUUGUGAAUAAAAAAAAAGUCAAAUGAUGCAUAAAUACUUGACCUGUUCCUCACUGCUUUCCCCCCAAAUAUUAAUAUCUCAUAAGUAAGGAUGUUUUAAAUAGGCCAAAUGAUAAUUUCCCUAAUUGUAAUAAUAAUCUACACAGCUGUUAAAAUUUCUUGUAUUUUCAUUAUUUAAAUCUUUUAACUAUGAAUGUAAAAAUAG